CGGCUGCUUGCCACGCCGCACCGAAGGACUGGAUCGGGUUCCGCCAGGGUUUCACUGUCUUCGCGCCGCGUUCGGAGGCUGUUGCUGUGGGCAUCGGCUGCCGUCACCACUUUUUUGACUGUCGUUUUCCGGGGAUUAGCCGAUAGCCUGGCUGUGGGUCUGUGGGUUACGAGACUUAUGCGAGCGGAGGACGUAGCUGAGAGCAGCACGUUGUACCGAUGAAUCUCCUUGCCGCAUAACAGCAUGGACUUCUGGGCGCUCGGGCAAGCUGGGGUCGGUAUAAAGCAAGGGGCAGUUUCGAGCAGAACCAAGCAGUCUCGUCUUCUCGGUCAUGUUCCCUACCAUCGCUCUCCUCGCUCUCUGCAUCGCUGCUGUCUCCCAGGCGCAGCAGAUCGGCACUUACCAGUCGGAAGUUCACCCGUCGAUCACCACAUCGAAGUGCGCUGCAGACGGGACGUGCACUACGACGCAGAACGCGAUCGUGCUCGACUCGAACUGGCGGUGGACGCACUCGACGUCGUCGUCGACCAACUGCUACACCGGCAACACGUGGAACUCUGCCCUUUGCCCUGACGCGACGACUUGCGCGAAGAACUGUGCCCUUGACGGCGCGAACUACCAGGGCACCUACGGAAUCACCACGUCCGGCAACGCUGCGACGCUCAAGUUCCUCACUGGUUCCAACGUCGGAAGCCGAGUGUACCUGAUGGCGGACAACACCCACUACGAGAUGUUCCAGCUGCUGAACCAGGAGUUCACGUUCACCGUCGAUGUGUCCCAGCUGGGAUGUGGUCUCAACGGCGCGCUUUACCUGACCGAGAUGGACGCUGACGGUGGGAUGGCUCGUUUCCCGAACAACAAGGCCGGUGCCCAGUACGGUACCGGCUACUGUGACGCACAGUGCCCUCAAGAUCUCAAGUUCAUCAACGGACUGGCCAACUCUGCCAACUGGACACCGUCGGCGAACGACCCCAACACCGGCACUGGUUCGAUGGGAACGUGCUGCAACGAGAUGGACAUCUGGGAGGCCAACAAGUUCGACACGGCGUUCACGCCUCACUCGUGCUCUGUCAGCGGCCAGACGAUGUGCACGGGCACCGACUGCGGUGUCGGCAGCGACCGCUACAAGGCUCUCUGCGACAAGGACGGCUGCGACUACAACACCUACCGCUGGGGCGACAGCAGCUUCUUCGGACCCGGCCUCAAGGUCGACACCACGAAGCCGGUCACGGUCGUGACCCAGUUCCUGACCAACGACAACACCACCACCGGGACGCUGUCCGAGAUCCGCCGGCUGUACGUCCAGGACGGGAAGGUCAUCCAGAACGCGCCAGCCAAGACCCCUGGCCUCACCCAGUUCAACUCAGUCACCGAUUCGUUCUGCAGCGCGCAGAAGAACAUCACCGGCGACACGAACGGCUUCGCGGCUCACGGCGGUCUGUCGACGAUGAGCGGCUCGCUGAAGCGCGGCAUGGUUCUGGCGCUCUCGCUCUGGGACGACGACUCUGCGAGCAUGCUCUGGCUCGACGGACAGCAGUACCCGACCACGAAGAGCGCGACGGCUCCCGGUGUUGCGCGUGGACCGUGCUCGGCGACUUCCGGUGACCCCAAGACCGUCCAGUCCCAGCAGGGCAACGCGCAGGUCACUUACUCGGACAUCCGGACCGGCCCGAUCGGCUCGACGUUCAAAGCGGCCACGUCUGGAGGCAGCUCUGGCUCCGGCUCCCCUCCGGUCACCACCACCACUUCGCACGCUGCUACUACGACGUCCACCAGCUCCGGCUCGGCAUCGACCGGCGGGUCGAUCCCCAAGUACGGCCAGUGCGGCAACUCUGUUUCCGGCAGCUGUGUCGCUGGCUCCACCUGCGUCUACAACAACCCCUACUACUCUCAGUGCCUGUAGAUCGUGGAUGAGGGUGGAUCUGGUUAAUACGCUACUCUAGCUCUUAAUCUCACGAAGAUACAAUUUUAAUGACUAUUUCACGUUUCUCAUUCCAG